CUCUUCGAGCCACAGUCGCACGCAGCGAGGCGCGCAGUGCACAGCGCUCUCCUGGCGCUGCCGCCCGAACCCGAACCCGAGCCGACCUGCCAGCCAGCGCGCCGGCCGUUGAGUCCUCGGGGCUCGCCCGGCCGCCCCGCAGACAGACAGCCCGACCCUGCCCCGACCCUGCCCGCCCUCUGGACCCUGGCCGCCCCGAGUGGAGACCGGAGGUGAGCGCUGGAGCCGACAAAAUGAUGCUUCAACACCCAGGCCAGGUCUCUGCCUCGGAAGUCAGUGCCUCUGCCAUCGUCCCCUGCCUGUCCCCUCCUGGGUCACUGGUGUUUGAGGAUUUUGCUAACCUGACACCCUUUGUCAAGGAAGAGCUGAGGUUCGCCAUCCAGAACAAGCACAUCUGUAACCGGAUGUCUUCUGCACUGGAGUCGGUCACUGUCAGCGGCAGACCUCUGGAGAUGGCGGUCACAAAAACUGAGGUGGCCCCUGAAGAAGAUGAAAGGAAAAAGAGGCGACGGGAAAGAAAUAAGAUUGCAGCUGCCAAGUGCCGCAACAAGAAGAAGGAGAAGACAGAGUGCCUGCAGAAGGAGUCAGAGAAGCUGGAGAGUGUCAAUGCCGAACUGAAGGCCCAGAUCGAGGAGCUCAAGAACGAGAAGCAGCAUUUGAUAUACAUGCUCAACCUUCAUCGGCCCACGUGUAUUGUCCGGGCUCAGAAUGGGCGGACUCCAGAAGAUGAAAGAAACCUUUUUAUCCAACAGAUUAAAGAAGGAACAUUGCAAAGCUAAGCAGUCAUGGAAUGGGGGCAACUGGGGAGUCCUCAUCGAAACCUUCUACAUCCCAAACCCUGAAGCGAUUGGAGAUCUGACUUCCUGUGCACCUCUCUGCAUCCCAGCAGUUAAGAACCAUCGAGGCAGAAGAGCCCUUGGUGACUCAGCUGGGCCUUUCCUCUCGGCACCAGAGCGGCCUGUGGACCAGGGCAAGGGCUUCUUUUGUCUAAACUCCAGGAUUUAGGCCUUAACCAUCCCGGCCGUUCUUGGAGGCCGCAGAUGGCCCCUGGUUAGGGUCCUGCCCAUCUUUUGCCUGGAUUCUACAAAAAACAAAACGAAAUGGGACUCUCACCAUUAGGACUCAUGCUGAACAAGUGUCUGUACCUUGGGUGGGUAGAGUGGGGCUACCUCCUGAGCUGCCACUGCCACUGUCACUUAUGGGGACACAGCGUGGGGAUGGCAUUUAGUGAAGUUGUACAAUGGCCAAGGUUGUGCUUUCUAGCAAACAUGCUGUUAUGUACAGGAA